CGCAGCUCGAGAUCGUUUCUUAUAACGCGAACCACUGUCCGGACACAGCGUUAUUUUGGAUCUCUACAUUUCUAGAAAAUUAAUAAUAAAAGAUUUUUCAUAAAAAUAUUAAUUAAAUAUCGAGUUUUGUGUUACAAUUAUUUUUAGAGAAAAUGGAGAUGCUUACACCGAGACAAGAGGAGUUACUGUCGAAGGAUAAGAGCAAGCUUACCCAGGAUGGCAACUACGUGGCUGAAGGAUCCAUGGCAAGCAAAUCAACAUGGCUCCUCUUUUCCCCUACAACUCCUGACCAAGCUGGUUCCCUGGCUAAAUUCCUCAGCAUCUUCUCCUCUCAUGGUGUGAACCUCAGUCACAUAGAAUCUAGAUCCUCAGCCAGAAGACCAGGCUACGAGUUCAUGGUGGAAUGUGAGCAUGGAUCUGGCGAUUUUGGUGCAGCUUUGGAUGAAUUGAAAACUAUUGCCGGAUAUUUGAACGUCAUUUCGAGAGAUUACAAGGACAACAUUUCCACCGUACCAUGGUUCCCCCGUCGUAUCCGAGAUCUAGACAGAUUCGCCAAUCAGAUCCUGUCUUACGGUUCUGAACUAGACUCCGACCACCCUGGCUUUACUGACGCGGUGUAUCGUGCUAGAAGAAAGUACUUCGCAGACAUUGCCUAUAACUACAAGCAUGGCCAACCAUUGCCUCAUGUGGAUUAUACAGAAGAUGAAAUCGCUACCUGGGGCACGGUGUUUAAAAAGUUGACUGAGCUCUAUCCGACUCACGCUUGUAAAGAGCAUAACCACGUGUUCCCUUUGUUGAUUGAAAAUUGUGGAUACAGGGAGGAUAACAUACCCCAGUUGGAAGAUGUUUCAAACUUCCUGAAAGAUUGUACAGGGUUCACUCUUAGGCCAGUAGCCGGCCUGCUGUCUUCCCGCGACUUCCUGGCAGGGCUGGCGUUCCGAGUGUUCCACAGCACGCAGUACAUCCGCCACCACUCGCGGCCGCUCUACACGCCGGAACCCGACGUGUGCCAUGAGCUGCUAGGACAUGCGCCGUUAUUCGCUGACCCAGCAUUUGCGCAGUUCUCGCAAGAAAUCGGCCUUGCUUCGUUGGGUGCGCCUGAUGAUUAUAUUGAAAAACUCGCCACGUGUUUUUGGUUCACCGUGGAGUUCGGUCUAUGUCGGCAAGAGGGGCAGCUGAAAGCCUUUGGAGCUGGCCUCCUUUCGUCGUUCGGUGAGCUGCAGUACUGCCUCUCAGACAAACCCGAGCUGAGAGAGUUCGAGCCCAGCAUCACAGGGGAUCAGAAGUAUCCUAUCACAGACUAUCAGCCGGUAUACUUCGUCGCCAAUAGCUUUGAGAGUGCCAAAGAGAAAAUGAUAAAAUUCGCUCAAACGAUACCUCGAGAGUUCGGCGUGAGAUACAAUCCAUACACACAGAGUAUUGACAUCCUGGACUCCCCAAGGCAGAUGACAGACCUGCUCAAACAAAUUCAUACAGAAAUGGAACUGCUUCUGAGCACAAUGGAAAAACUCUAGUGUCCUGGGAAUUCAUUUGCUCCUUUAGGUUUCAUCAUUCAUAAUCAUUUCAACCCAUCGCCGGGUACUACUGAGAAGGGGGUUUCUUUUAGAGUGAGACGGUUAUACUUACUUCAUAAUAAACCACGCUGGCCAAGUGUGACUGGCCAAGACUUCUUUUUUUUAUUUAGAUAUAAUUUAGCCCUUGACUGCAAUCUCACCUGGUGGUAAGUGUUGAUGCAGUCUAAGAUAAACAGACGUACUUUCUUAUUUAUAAUAUUAUUAGUACGAGUAUGAUUAGGAUGAGUGAUAAAAAUACGUUUUAUUUGGCUAACAACUAGAGCAAGGGUCGACCUUUUGCGGGUACUAAUUUAUAUCAAUAAAUAUAAACAAUAUUAUUUAAUUUUAACAGAAUAUUUAGAUACGCUAAAUUGUAUGUAAACACCGUAUGGAGCAUCUAGCAAUAUUAUAAAUGUGAAAGUUUGGGUGUUUGCUACGCUACUUCUUUGCCCCAGAAUGACUGAACCGAUUGGGCUAAAAUUUGGAUUGGUGGUAGAUGAGAUCCUGAACCUGAUUUCUAUAGCAAUUAAGAUCGAUGAUAGCCUAGUGGUUAAUAUGUCGGCUUUCCUUUCGCAGUUCCGGGGUUAGAUCCCUUGCAUACACCUCCUUUGUCGAAGUUAUGUGCGUUUAAAUCACAAUCAAAUGAAAAAAAUUAAAGUGGUAGGCUAUGGCCAAACCCUUCUUAUUCCAAGAUCAGACCCACACUCAGUAGUGGGCCGGCGAGGGAUUGAUGAUGACAUAAAAUAUUAUUCAUAGAUGUGUAAGUCAAAUGUAGUAAAGACAAUAUCUAAUUAUUAUUUAAUGCAUAAGCCAGAUCUAGGCAUAAAGGUUUUAUUUAAUAUCGACCGAUAUUAUAUGUGGGUGAAUGCACAUUUGCGAGAAAAUAGAUUGUCUAUGCCCACAAAUCUCGAUAAACUUGAUCUUUCCUUUUUUUUUAAUUAAGUAUUUUAUUUAUCUAAAGUUUCUUCCAAACUAAUUUAUACCUUUAUUAAGACAUGGCAAAGUCCUUUUUUGUGUAGGUACCUACCUGCCAGUCGUAUUUUUCUCGUGAGUUAAUAUUAUUUUUAAGUCCGUGGAUACACCUGUAAGUUUUACUCACGUAAAUAGCUUACAUGAUAAACUUACGACAGAUUUACUAAUGUAAACACUCUUGCAAAUACAUUUACAUUAGUGAAUUAGUUGAAGCUACUUACGUGAGUAAAACUUACAGCUGUAAUCGCAGCCUAAUGUUACGUCUGUGUACCUAGUUUUAUAAGUGUCAUAAACUCGUUAUUCGUUAAUUCGUUAGACUUAUGGUAGUUAUGUAGUUGAAUCAUAAAUAAUUCAUUAUAUCUAAUUGUUUGAUAAAAAAGAACAUGUGUUAAAAAAAAACACCAUCGUAACCAACAUAAUAUAAUUAAUAAUUUGUACAGAAUAAACCAAGUACCUAGUACUCGCUUUAAUAUAACUAUAUCUAUAAAAUGACAAGAUGGAAAGAGAAUUGGUCAUUAUUGACCGAUAGUAAUUACUUAGAUAUUUUAUAAUAUUAUGAGAUUUUAAAUUUACAAUUGUAACGUUAUUAAUACAUUUAUUUACAAAAAAGCGAUUUUUCUUUUAAUUAUGGAGAUUGAUAUUUUAUAAUUUAACUAAACUUAUGAUAAGUAUUCUUCACUAUGCCUAUAAUAGAUAUAAUAAAGAUACAUACUUAACUUACACAACUUUAUGUACAAGUAUGAAGUACGGAUUUGUAAAGAAUGUCUCUAAAUUAUCUAGAAAAAAUAAUUUGAGAAAGUAAAACAUAAUUAUUGUAAUACUUGUAGCAAAUUAUAUUAUAGUGUCUAUUUUUAUAUAGUUCCAAUAAAAUUUUGAAAAUUAGGAUUGAUUUUUCAGAGGUCCUAGUAUUUCCUUACGUCCAGUCAAAGUAAUUUAAUAAGUUGACCCGACAACGUGAUCAAAUCAGAGACGAGGAGAUCCGAAGGAGAAACAUAGUAAAAUAGCCAAGUUAAACGUCCAAGCAAGCUUGUUCCUUGUUCCUAACAAAUGACGCAAUUAAUAUUAUCAUUAAGCAAAUGAGCAUUGAGAUAGAAAGUCUCUGUUAUAGGUACAUACAUAUAUAAUGACUAUUAUGACAUUCAAACUAAUCUACCUUAUAAACGGUAAGAACUAAGAUUUCUUUCUUAAAUAGAACCUAUAUAUUGUAUAGUUUCCGACAUAGGUAUAAUAAAAUAACUACAAUUUCUAUUUGAUAGAAGAAUAAUUAUACAUUAAGGCUCAUCAUAUUACUCUUAAAAUAAUGACAUAAAUAAAUACAGUUUAAUAAGUAGGUA